AUGAAGAAGAAUAAGAAAAAGUGUAUAGGACUCAGCAACUGCUCCUUCGAGCAGUUUAAAGAGGGAAUCGACUUCCUAAAGCAGACGGACGCAAUUCUGGACGACGACAUAUUUCCCAUUCUGAAAAGGGUCUGUUCCUACCUCUUCUUCUGUGUCAAGCAUGACAACUUUGAGUUUGUAAAAAGUUACGACGGUGGCGAAGGGGCAGGUAAAGCGAAAGGUAUAUCAGAAGCACAAGCGGGACAAGGUAUAUUAGAAGGACAGCCCGCAGCAUCCGCGGCGGGGGCAAUGGCCUCCUGCGGGAAUGCCCCCCCCACCACCGAAAAUGACACGACGCUAAACUACGUAUUUAAAGACGAAGAUUUCAUAAUAGUAAAAAACAUAAACAGGCUGCUGCUUAACAAACUAAUAGAAAACUACGUUGGCUACUCCUGGCUGUGUCUAACCGUCACGGAAUACCUGAACGACCUGGAUUAUUUUAUGAACAAGCAAGGGAAAAAUGACAAAGAGGGACAAAAAAAGGAAAUAAAUGCAAGGAAAAAAGUUUAUAAGUUGGUGAAGAAAUUUACUCAAGUGAAGAACAUACACGAAUUGCAGAAUUGUCAACGGGGACAAGUACAUGAAGACGGAAAAAAAGCCAUACAAAAGUUAGAAGCGAAAAAUAAAUAUAUUAACUACCUCUUUUGCUAUUAUAACAAUUACUUCCUUUCGUCAAAUGUGACAAAUGGGGAAAACGCCCAGGGGGAAGAUGUUAUAGUACUGGACCAUGUUGAUCACGCUCAUCAGUGGAUAUACACCGAUGACGAGGAUCCUAGCGCAGGCUGUUCAGAGAAGAGGGAAAAACAUGUGCAUCGGGAGCACCAGGACAAUCGAGUGAAGCGCGCUAGAACGAGCAGCGCGGAGUCUUCCCCAACGAAGCGCAAUGCUCACUUAAAGCGGAGGCGCAAAUGUUACGGUGUAAAAGAUGUGGACAUGGACCAUGGGGAGGGGAGUUAUACAAAUUGGGAUGACCCCUUCCAUGAGCAGAUUGAAAUAUCCCCCGGGAAGGAAGAUUUUGUUUAUUAUGAGGGAACAUGUGACAUAAGUGAGGAGGACCAAGGACGUUCAGGGAAGCGAAAAAGAACACGCGAAGAGAAGCGCCAAAAACGCCGCUUACAGAGACGCCUAGAACGACGCCAGAAGGGGAAAAAGGCGCCCCGAGAGAAGAACACCCUGCAGCACCUGUACAAAGCGCUGUGUGACUUCCUAUCAACCAAAUACGAAACAAGCAAGUUGCUAAAAUUCAUGGACGAGUACAGAGACAUGUACGCUUGGAAGCCCCCCCCUUUUUACUGGACGGUACUCAGUAGCAAGUAUGUGGUGAAGGAGAUACUAAAGCUGUAUGAGGACAGGUACCUAGACCCCUUCCUGUCCUGCCUUUAUGAAGAUUACGUUAAUAAAUACUAUUUUGACGAUGAGGAAAACAGCAACAUAGCAACCUACACGAGUAACUUCAAUGUAUUCACUCUUCGAAUAAGUGAGGAAAUUCAAAGAUUUCUUAUUUUGGAAGAACCCGAAGAAGAAGAAGCAGUGUUGAAAAUAUGCAAAAAUAUAUGUGUGAGUGAAAAUUCUUACAUCUAUGCUCAGAUGAUCCUUGAAUAUAUGUACAGAAACAACAACGACAAUAGUAUGAGGAGACUGUCUCAAUAUUUGUCUCUGUACAUUUUAUAUAAGGAUAUUAAUCUGCAUAAGAUUUGUAACAAUUACUUUGCACAGGUGGUAGAGAAUCAAGUCAGUAUAACCUUUUUAACCUUUAGGAUUAAUAAUUUAAACAACUACAGCACUUUAUAUAGCACCUUCAGAAAUAUAUACAUGACCAGGAAUAAGGGUUGCAUGGAAAUAAGCCAAUCUGAUAUUGUGAGUCUACAUGAUGCUAUAGUUAGCGUCUUGAAAAUCUUUAAUGGGAACAAGUUGCUCUUGUUUGAUUCGACCUACUUGUUUUCAUCCCAUGCGGGGAGGAACCGCUUAGGAGGAAGAGCAACUAGUGAGAGCGGUGAUAUAUAUGAGGGCAGUACCAAUUUGAAGCGACAGAUUAGUCAUUCUGAGGAAGGCGAGGAGCACUCCUUCCAUUUCCACCACCGAGAAGAAGAUACAGAUUUUAAUUCGAACUUUUCUAACAUCAAUAGGAGUAACCUGGAGGAGGCGUGCAGGCGUGGGGACGUACUUCUUACUGAGCACGCAGAUGACGACGCCUCUUCUUCAGAGCCAUCUCUUCCAAGUAGUCCAUCCGAGACAGAAGAGCCCGCUUUUGAAAAAGGAGACGACAUUUACAACCCAAGUGAAGAUAUCCCUGCAACAGGAGAAAACUCUUUUGGAGCAAAUAGCCUCUUUGGAAGCAGUCUAGACCUUGGUCAAAAGGAAAAAAGGAACGGAGCCGAUGGUGGAAGUGCCGAAAUGAAUGACCGCCAAACGAAUGUGUCUAAUCGCAGUAGCAAAAAUUUGAGCAACGAAGUUUAUAGCUCGAUCAAAUCGGAAGAUUUUGCAUCAAAUGUGCACUCGGAGAAUAACGAAAUGCAUGUAAAUUCAGGCAGGUCCAAAAACACAGCUAGCGUAUUGAUCCUUCCAUCAGCGUCUCAAUAUGGUAACGAAGAUUUUAAUUACCACAAAGAGUUCUUAAGGAUAAAUAUUUAUGCUGAAAAAAUUCCUCUUGUUCACAUGAGAGACAUUGUCUUCCUCAACAAUGCAAUAAACAUAUACGUCUCCAACAGUGAGCUUUUUUUCAACAACAUGUAUAAACUGUAUGGAAAGGUGCUCAUUUUUCUAACUACCUACUCUCCCUACGAGUAUGUGUACAAUCACUACUACGCUUCGUUGUUUAAGCGGCGCGGGCACGGCUCUUCUAGGAAGUACUCCGCGGCCUACUUUAGCGUGUACGACGACGCGGUUUCGGCGCUGGACGGCGUCGAGGGGGACAGUGAUGAUGAGGAGGUGGACGAGCCAUAUGAUCAACAUGAGGAGCAAUGUGAGCAGCAACCGCGUGAUGACCUAUGCAGGGCACCCGAGGCGGACGCCCCAUCGGAAGUAAGCCUCGCCCCAGGCCUCAGCGCAGCAGGAAAAUUCACGGGCAAGAGGACGUACGAACAGUUUUUCCAAGUGAAAAAAGAACCCGCAGAGAUAAAGUCGAUACUGAAGAGGCGCAGCAGCUACGCUGGGGGCGGAAGUGAAGUGCGGGGGGGGAACAGGCUCACCGAUUUUGACAAACAUGUCAUUGGAGACGCGGCUGAUGAGGCAUCUGCUAAGGAAGAAGCGCCGGUUGAGCAGGACAAUUUAACUGCUUCAGAGUCGGUAGAGAGAUCAACAGAGGUGGAUCUGAAGACACCUCCCCCGAAUGAGGCAGUCCAAAAGGGCAGUGAUGCAAAUGUCUUAUCUGCUGGUGACCCACUGCCAGGUACAAGCGAAGCCGAGCCAACAACGCACCCAGUGGAGGAGGCUCCCGCAAGCGAUACUUUCCCUCCUCAACGUUGUGACACACACAACUACACUUCAAGCAACAUUGCCGAUGAUAUGCUCGAAUUGAGAACCGAAGUGAUGUCGUGCGAUGAAGUAAGAAGCAGCAUUUUUAAAAACGUUAAGAGUAAAAAAAAAUUGAAAAUAAAUGCAACAAGUAAAAAAAAAAAAUAUUAUUUUUACAAACUGUUUCACAAAUUUAGAUUAACAUAUAACACUUUUUUAAAAUACACUCAAAACGAAAUAUAUCAAAUAUACCAGAUCAUGCACGGGAACUACUCGGACGCAACUAAAGACAAACUUCUACUGGCCCGAGUGAACAGCAACUUAGCAGCGUCUCUCAUUUAUAGAUAUGUAUACACGAAGGUAUAUGAGCUUGUGAAUACUUCGCGCGUGAAUUUGGUGUACCCCAAGUUUAUUUUGCUCAAGUACAUCGUCGACAUGUACCCUCAGAAGCGGCACCUCGCGCUGCACUUUUUGAAGGAGCUGUACACGUACAUAAUUGAGAAGGAGGAAUCCCUGGAGGAGUUCGUGGAGCUGCGGGAAAACCUAAUUCUGUUCUUCGUGUAUUUGGUGCGCUUCGAAAAUAUGUUUUGCUAUGUAGUCAGCGUCAUCAAGUCGAUGGUUAACCUGUUGGAUAAGGCCUUCAUCAGGCUGUUUAUCAUCAAGACACUGACCUUUUGCGCGCCCCCAUACGACUUUAAGUUUUGCGAGUGCCUACUGAACUUUAUACACUUUGUCCUGAACAAAGAGGGCGUCUACUACAAGAACGAGUUCAAAAGAGCCAUACACAAAUUGCUGGACAACGUUAUGGAAAUGCACCAAAUGUACCAAAGUUCGAAGACGAAGGAGCUUGCCAUCCUGUGUACCCACAUCAAGGAGCAGAUAAAGCAGGCAGAAAUGGACCCAACUGUGCGCUGA